AUGUAUGACAUCGACUUUUCAAUUCCGUGGUUGGUGACUCACUAUCAUGUAAUCGGUGCUAUCAAUUUGAUUUUCGACGCUUUUUCAAUUUAUUUGAUUGUUUAUAAAAGUGAGAAAAUCGACAAUUUUCGAUAUUUUUUGCUCAAUUUUCAAAUCGCUUGUAUGUUCACUGAUAUCCAUAUCACUUUCCUAAUGCAACCAGUACCUUUGUAUCCUUUAAUGGGUGGAUAUGCGAUGGGUUUUCUGGCAACUCGGUUUGGUGUAACCUUGCAUUUUUGUAUUACAAUUGUGGUUUUCCUGUAUAUCUACCAAGUGGCCAGUAUGAUUGUUUGUUUUGUGAAGAAGAAUCAGUCCAUUUCUGGAACACUAACUUCAUUUUCAAUUCCAAGAUUUUUGAUUUGGUUUUUAUUAAUUUUUCUGCUGGUGUAUACGGUAACGGUGGUUGGGAUGUAUUACAGUUUGAGUGUUGAAGAAUCGAAGAAAAUGAAGUUUGUUAAAGAGAAUCUUCCGGAAUACCAAUCUCAAUUCCAAGCUCUUCCAAAUUUCUCCAUCUACCAAGCCAACUCAAUGCUCUUCAUAAUGGUCAUAGUCGCUGUCACCGGUGGCCUCCUCGCUUUCCUAUUCUUCAUGGCCGUCCUUUAUAACAUUUUUCGAAUGUUGAGUUUUAUGAAAAUCCAAAUGUCCGCCAACACCUACAAACGCCAUCGUGCCGCUGUCUAUAGUUUGAUCGCUCAAUUCGCCACGUCAUCAGUCUGUUUCCUACCACCGAUUUCGCUAGUUUUCGUGGUCUUUUUCAAGCUACCGUAUGCGCAGGUUCUGGUCGAGCUCCUUCUAGCCAUCGCUUGCACUCAUUCCCCAUUGAAUGUAUCAGUUUUAGUGGCAACUUUUCCACCGUAUAGGGCAUUUUUUUGUCGGGUGUUUUUGAGAAAGGAG